AAGCCGAGUAAACAUUUGAAAUGCAUAUCGUUGAAAUCAUAUAACAUUUGUGGCCAAGUUUGAAGGGUAAAUCUGACUAAUAUUUGUUCAAAUCGAUAAGAAAGUAUGUGCUCUUAUACCAGAAACGCAUCAUAACUACUCGAGCGUUUUGUGUGGUAAAUUUGUUUGGUUCAGUGGAUAACGAAUUAUCAAAAUGGUACCGUUUAAAAACGGCCGGUUUAUUUUUGGUAUUGUGUUUUGUGCCAUUUUGGAAUUUUCCUCGGGUGUAAGCCCCGACACUAUGAAACACUGUUGUACCUUGGGUGAAAAUUAUUCAUCAUCUGGAUUGGACUGUAAAAGUUUUAAACCGCCAAUAGCAGGAAUCGAAAAACGGGACGAGCUGGUCUGCCUGCGGGCCCACGAAGUCUGUUGCAAAAAGAAAAUCAGGGAGGCUCAAUGUAACUUGGGUGAGGAGGACGCGAAACAGGGCACGUGCAAGACCGACGACGGCGCAAGAAAGGAGUGCUGCGAAAACUGCCAGGUGGGCAUAACUACAGGUAAAAGCGGCGCAGGCUGCGACGAUCUGCUGGGUUUAGGCGAAAGCUUCGUGAAAUGUUGUACGGAAGCUGAGACUGCAACCACCACAACCACCACCACCACCACCACCACAGAGAAACCAACGGUGUCCACCACCAAGACCUCUCUGAAACCGGAGCAAUUAGAAGACCUGAACAAGAUUUGCGACACCGAUGUAUGUGCCCAACUUUGCACCGUCACCAACAACUCAUACAAGUGCAGCUGUUACCCCGACUAUGUGCUGAUGGCCGACGGGGUGUCCUGCAAACCCAUCAAGACCCCAAAGAAGUCCUCAAGGUGCAGACUAAGUAACCCCUGCGAUCAACUGUGCAUCGACACCGGCACAAUUGUUAAGUGUGACUGCUACGAAGGGUAUAAACUAGCUGAUGACAACAAAACCUGCGAAGACAUCGACGAAUGUGCGUUAGGGGUGCACGAAUGUGAACCAGGCGAUGAUUGCGUCAAUGAGGACGGCUCAUACUCCUGUUAUGGACCAGAACUGGAAGAAGGUGAUCCCUUCACUGAUUGUCAGCCGGGUUACAAGUUUAAUGGUACAUCAAACACCUGUGAGGACAUUGAUGAAUGCGAGUUCGACAUAGUGUGUCAACGACCAAAGACCUGUGAGAACACCAUCGGGUCGUAUAUUUGUAAAGGAGAUGACCGGGAGUUGUGCCCUCCAGGAUACUACUUUAAAAUGGCCAUCAACGACUGCGCUGAUGUUGAUGAGUGUAUAACUGGUGACAACACUUGUAACAAGGACUCCCAAGUCUGCCUCAACACCAAAGGCUCGUACAACUGCGUGGACAAAGCCUCCAAGAAAACGUGUCCUCCAGGCUUCAAGAAGAACAUAGUGACUGAAAUCUGCGAAGAUAUAAACGAGUGUGAAGAGAGUGAUGACAUCUGUAAAAAGGAUGAGCUGUGCGUUAACGAAUCGGGUGGACACACUUGUGUGCCGAAUCCGUCGGCCACAACCAAGAAACCGGAGACCGUUUCAAAAUUCACUCCUGUGGCCAGCCCAACCAGGUUCCCACCCAAGCCCAUUGUUCCCGUCAAGGACGCCUCUUGUCCCAAGGGUUACAGGCACAAUGGAGUCAGUUGCUUCGAUAUUAAUGAGUGUAACGAAGAUCCUGAAGCGUGCGAUAGUACACAGACCUGUACAAACACACCAGGCAGUUUCGUAUGUAAUUGUAAAAUUGGCUACGGCAGGGAUCAAACGGGGGCAUGCGCUGACAUCAACGAGUGCCAAAUUGGAACGCACGACUGCACCGAAGUUCAAAGAUGCGACAACACUUUAGGCUCUUACAUUUGCAGUCGAAUCAUCGGAUGCGGUACUGGUUACACGUUCAAUUACGGCAGCGGCAUUUGCGAGGACGACGAUGAAUGUGCACUAGGCACGCACAAUUGCCACUCACUCGGUGCCGAUUUCAAAUGUGUAAAUCUAUUUGGAACGUAUCGUUGCGAGCCAAAAGAGCCGGAGGUAACACCCAAUAAAAAUCCAUUGCUACCACCAUCACCUCCCACAACAUUAAGGCCAAUCACGCCCGUAAUUCCUUCUUCGACUCCCAAAGUGAGCUACGAUCCUCCGAAACGCAUACCGGCGUAUUCACCGCCGUACUUACCUCCGAGGGUCCCCCCAGCUUACUCACCCGUUAUUACGCCACCUCCUCGUUCCACCCAAUCUGUACACGCAGAAAACAGGCAGUAUUACAUCCCCAUUUACACAGCGAGGUUGCCCACUCUCAGCCCAGCCCAGUCAUACCCCAUUAUCCACCAGCAAAAGAAGUGCCUACCAGGCUUCAGGAUGAACUCAAGGGGGCAAUGUGAAGAUAUAAACGAAUGCGAAAGUAAUCCUUGCGCCCCGGGCCAGAAAUGCGUCAACAAAAACGGACAAUACGACUGCCUGUUCCCGAAGCUGACCUGUAAACGAGGUUUCGAACCUAACGAAGCCGGUGAUAAAUGUGUAGACAUUAAUGAAUGCAGCAGAGGCAUCCACAAAUGCGAUCAAUCCCAGAUAUGUAAAAACGGCGAGGGAUUCUACACCUGCGAAUGUCCUGUGGGUUAUCACUUGGACAAGCAAGGCAACAGCAACAGAUGUGUGGACAUUGAUGAAUGCAGAUACUACAGGCCGUGCGGUCACAAUUCCAACUGCGAGAACACACCUGGAUCCUAUAAGUGUGACUGUAAAUCAGGUUUUAGAACUCGCGGAUCUAACUGCGAUGAUAUUAAUGAAUGUGCUGAAACUCCUGGCUUAUGCGAUCAGAAAUGCGUCAACAUGUGGGGAUCUUAUAGAUGUGCCUGCGAUCUAGGUUUCCAACUGAGCUACGAUAAUCGAACCUGCAUAGACAUAGAUGAGUGCGAGAAGUUUAAGGACAAACAAUUGUGCCUCUAUCAGUGUAAAAACAUUCCCGGAAGUUACAAAUGUGAAUGUCCCAGAGGGUACAGAAUGGGAAACGACAAAGCCCUUUGCAUAGAUAUAAACGAAUGUAAUGAAAACGUUUGCGAUCCAAUGGAUUCUUGUAUAAAUUACGGAGGAGGCUACAAAUGUUAUCCAUUGCACUGCCCGCCUGGUUAUGUCAAAGAUACGCAACACGUGGCGGCUUGCAAACGUUCCACUCAUUACUGCGAUCCGAGGUCGACGCGAUGCAUUUUGGAACCGGAACGUUAUUCAUAUCAAUACAUAACAGUCAACUCCGACUUGCCGAUAACUGAUCCGGUACUACUGUUUAAAAUAUCGAGCGACUUGGAUCAUGCAAGGACUGAGUUCAUUAUGACUUUGGUGGAUGUGGAUUGUCAGCAUUACGACCGUAUUGACAUGUCGUACUUCAAGAAGGAACUACAAGGAUCUAGUGCCAUGAUGUUGUACCUUACAAGGAGUCCGAAGGGGCCGCAAGAAGCUAAAUUACAAAUCGAGAUGAAGUUGUAUAAUGGAAAUUCUAUUAUUGCUAAUCUCGUCGUUUAUGUUAUAGUUUUAGUGUCUGAAUUUCCUUUUUAAAUAAGUUAACUGAUCUGAUUAGAAGGUUAUUUUGAGUACAGUACCACAAAUAAUGUAUUUAUGUAUUAAUUUAGUAUUUUAUAACAUUUUUAUUACAAAUUUUUAUAUUGUAAGACAUAAGUGUUUUGGGAUUGUUUACUUAAUACAUUUAGUAAUAAAGUACAA